UCUGACGGGAUCGCGUUUCCGGUGCUGGUCUGCGGCCGCGCUGAUCAAACUAAGCUAAUGGGAAAACCACCGAAACUUGCAAAAUAACAUGACACAAAGCAUACAUAUAACAUGAACGGUAUCCUCACAUAUCAGCGGAAGGGAAGCGGGUCAAAUGUUCACUGUUGUGUCCCGAUGUGUUCCGGUUCGAGUCGGUAUAACUCGGAGUUGAGCUUCCACCGCUUCCCGAAAGACCCAGAACUUCGUCUGAAAUGGAUCCAGAUAGUGGGGAUUGACUCCCUGUUGGUAACCAGUCACACCAACGUGUGCAGCAGACAUUUUCGCAAAGAUGAAAUUCGCAUUACAAAUAAAAGGAGAAAGUUAAAAAUCGGGACCAUUCCUUCUAAAUUUCAAUGGAACAACUUCAAGAAGAAGAAGAAGCGGUCCAAGGUCCAGCAGCGCCCCGUCCCAACUCCACCAGCCUGGACCGACUUCACGGAGUUCACAGACAUCCUGCAGCAGACACAGGGCACGGCGGGGACACCGUUUGCGGACCAUGAGUACUGUGUGCCCAUUGACAGUGAUGCCGUGGACAGUGAACACUAUGACGGUAUGUUACAGCUGCAGGACCUGCUGUUAAAAGACCCCUGUGGGCUGCAGAGGUUUGCUGGGUCACCUGAAGACAUCCAGUUUUACACCAGAUUUUCUUCCUAUGAUCAUCUGAUGGCAUUCUGGACUCUCAUUGAACCGGCGACGUCGAUGGUACGAUCCACAGGAGAAACCCCCGCUGUGAAAGAAGAGGAUUCCAGCGAACCCACGAUAAAACUUCUCCCCAUCGAUGAGUUUUUCCUGUUUUUGAACUACUUGUCAACGGGAUGCACCCAGAGGGAGCUUGGCCACCGAUUUAACGUCCGCCGCACCACAGUCAGCAGGAUCAUAAUAACGUGGGCCAACUUCCUCUACUGCGUGCUCGGCUCUGUGCGCACCUGGUUGACACCUGAGAAAAUCCAAGCUCACCUUCCUCAUGAGUUCAUCGACCACGCAGACACCCAGGUGAUCAUCGACUUCACAGAGCUGCGCUGCCAAACGCCUUUUUCCCCUCUACGUGAGAGUGAAGACUCCUCCUCACACAAGUCCCUCUGCACCCUUAAGGCCAUGGUCGGCAUGGCUCCACACGGCGCUCUCACCUUUGUGUCGGCGGUGUAUGAAGGCUCUGUGAGCGACCAGGAGGUCUUCAGGCAGUCGGGCAUUGUCCCUCUCCUGUCCCCCGACAUGGCGGUCAUGGUUAACGAGGGCGUCCGAGUCGAUGACCUCGUCCCCGGCAGAGUCCACCAGGUCGCCUUUCUGUCUAGAACGAACCAGACGCUGGUACGUGAUGUUCCUGAGACCGAGUCCAACGCUUCUUUGAGAGACCAUGUGGAGACGUUAAUCCGGAGAGUCAAGGAAAACAAACUGUUUGACACUGAGAUCCCUCUCUCCAUCUCAGGGAGCAUCAACCAGUUAUUCACUGUGGCCUGUCUCCUCACUAAUUACCAGAACGGACCUCUGGUGGAAAAUAGGCUUGGGCGAUAUGAAGAUAUUACGGUAUAUCAGAGUUUUUAGAUAUCCCAAAGUUAUGAUGUUCAAAACAAUCAAAAACAAGCGGAGAUGCUGUAUUGAGGUGAGGUAUUGCAGCGCACCGUGCCUGCCACCAGAGGGCAGUCUCUGCUGGUGGAACAGGCAGCUGAGCCGAAACAUAUGGUGGUUAGUUAUAAUCUAAAAACAUGGUCUG